AUGGGCCGCCCACCAGCAAACUACAAGCGUCUCAUUGUGCUCUGCGAUGGAACGUGGCAGAGUAUUUUGCAUGUCAACAGUCCUAGCCAUCCCACCAACAUUGCCCGCUUUGCUCGAGCGAUCAGUCCUGUUGCCGUUGUCAAAGACAAGGAUGGUGUAGACAGAGAGGUUGAGCAAAUCGUCUACUACCAACCUGGUGUUGGAUCAGGAAUUGGCGACAAGAUCCGCGGCGGUGUCUAUGGCGCGGGGCUCUCUGCCAAUAUCCGAGCCGCCUACGCUUUCUUAGCACACAACUACGACCCAAAUCCUGGGGACGAGAUCUUCUUCUUUGGCUUCUCCCGCGGUGCCUACACCGCCCGUUCCAUCGCCGGUCUGGUUACCAAGCUUGGACUCCUAACAAAACGAGGCAUGGAUUGGUUCCCUCAAGUCUAUGAUGAAUACUACAAGGAUCCAACCAGCAAGCCUGAUUUCGACUUCUCUCCAGCCCUGAAGAAGCUGAUCGGUAAUGACUUGAACGAAAAGGCUAAAGGCGCGGUCAAGAUCGUAGGGGUUUGGGACACGGUCGCAUUUCAUUCGGAGGGAUGGGCCGGUGAAGAGAUCGAAUUUCACAACGCAGAGUUGUCGACGAAGGUUCAGUACGCAUAUCACGCUCUUUCGCUGGAUGAGCGUCGAAUUCCGUUCAUCCCGACAUUAUGGCAGUGGCCGAAAGACCCAAAAAACCCGUCGCAACUGUACCAGCCAACGUACGGUGUAGGUCUUCAAGUGAUGAAGCAAGUCUGGUUCUCUGGCGUCCAUAGUGAUAUCGGCGGUGGGAGAUAUGACCCAGGAGGCUCCGAUAUAACGUUGGCGUGGAUGCUUGCCCAAUGUUCCAAGGACAAAAAACUAGCAUUCAUUGACGAGGAUCCCGAGCACCCAGACGACCCGAACGAAUACUACCUGCUACCAGACCGACUCAAGCCGAACCCGAACAAGCACUGGAGCCAGUUGGGACACAAGCUUGCCCCGGACCCAAGCGAGGGCAUCGUCGACGCCCUCACAGGCGCAGUCGAGCAAAUUGCCGUCGAAGACAGGAAGGCAUGGCCUAUGGCGAAUACUUUCGAAAGGAUCCAUCGAUCGAUCCAUGACCGCAAUCUCCAUAACUGGCCCUGUGGCAUGCUCGACGGCAGGGACCAGGGCGGCAUCUGGGGAUUGGUCAGUCCUAGUCAAUGGGGCAAAGCUCUUCCCGAGUUGGAACGCGACGACGUGGCAGACGCGAUAGAGGACAAGUACCGUGGAAGAAUCCGUGCAGCACCAGGAUCGAAGGGCGGCCCUGCUAUCCCGAAGUUGUAA